AUGCCGGGGAAGCGGGGCUCGGCGGGCGGCGGCGGCGGCAGCGAGCUCCCGGGGGCCGGCGCGCCGCGGCAGCGCAGGCGGCGGAGGAAGGUCUCCUGCUUCUCCAGCAUCCAGCUCUUCCUGGUGUCCGAGUGCGCCCUGAUGCUGGCCCAGGGCACGGUGGGAGCGUACCUGGUGAGUGUUUUAACCACCUUGGAGCGGCGAUUCAACCUCCAGAGCGCUGACGUGGGCGUCAUUGCCAGCAGCUUCGAGAUUGGCAACCUGGCCCUCAUCCUCUUCGUGAGCUACUUCGGAGCCCGGGGACACCGGCCACGCUUGAUAGGAUGUGGAGGGAUAGUCAUGGCCUUGGGUGCCCUCCUUUCUGCCUUGCCUGAAUUUCUGACCCACCAGUACGAAUAUGAAUCGGGAGAAAUACGCUGGGGAGCUGAAGGGAGGGAUGUGUGUGCUGUCAAUGGGUCCAGCAGCGAUGAGGGACCAGACCCAGACCUUAUCUGCAGGAAUAGGACUGCCACCAACAUGAUGUACUUGCUGCUCAUCGGGGCACAGGUCCUCCUGGGCAUUGGUGCUACCCCUGUCCAGCCCCUGGGAGUUUCCUACAUCGAUGACCACGUGAGGCGGAAAGAUUCCUCCCUGUACAUAGGGAUCCUGUUUACGAUGCUGGUAUUUGGACCAGCCUGUGGAUUUAUCUUGGGCUCGUUCUGUACCAAAAUCUAUGUGGAUGCUGUCUUCAUUGACACAAGUAAGCUGGACAUAACCCCGGACGACCCUCGGUGGAUCGGAGCGUGGUGGGGAGGCUUCCUGCUCUGCGGUGCCUUACUCUUCUUCUCGUCCCUGCCCAUGUUCGGGUUCCCGCAGUCGCUGCCGCCGCGGGCGGAGCGCGCUGGGGACAGCGAGCAGGCCAUGCUGCCCGACAGGGACUACGAGCGCCCCAAGCCCAGCAACGGCGUCCUGCGGCACCCUCUGGAUGGGGACAGCAGCACCACCUGCUUCCAGCAGCUGCGAGUGAUCCCCAAAGUGACUAAGCACCUGCUCUCCAACCCCGUGUUCACCUGCAUCAUCCUGGCAGCGUGCAUGGAGAUCGCGGUGGUGGCCGGCUUCGCUGCCUUCCUGGGCAAGUACCUGGAGCAGCAGUUCAACCUCACCACCUCAUCUGCCAACCAGCUCCUGGGGAUGACAGCAAUCCCAUGUGCAUGUCUGGGCAUAUUCCUGGGUGGGCUCUUGGUGAAGAAGCUCAGCCUGUCUGCUCUGGGAGCCAUCAGGAUGGCCAUGCUGGUGAACCUGGUGUCCACAGCUUGCUACGUGUCGUUCCUGUUCCUGGGGUGUGACACAGGACCUGUGGCAGGGGUUACUGUUCCCUAUGGAAACAACUCAACUCCAACCUCAUCUCUGGACCCAUAUUCCCCCUGCAAUAACAACUGUGAAUGCCAAACUGAUUCCUUCACUCCAGUGUGUGGGGCAGACGGGGUCACAUACUUAUCUGCCUGCUUUGCUGGCUGCAGCAGCACGAACCUCAGUGGCUGUUCGUGCCUCACCUCGGUCCCUGCCGAAAACGCCACCGUGGUUCCUGGCAAAUGCCCCAGCCCUGGGUGUGAAGAGGCCUUCCUGACAUUCCUGUGUGUGAUGUGUGUCUGCAGCAUGAUCGGGGCCAUGGCACAGACACCGUCAGUCAUCAUCCUCAUCAGAACCGUGAGCCCUGAACUCAAGUCUUACGCUCUGGGGGUGCUUUUCCUGCUGCUCCGGUUGCUAGGUUUUAUCCCACCUCCGCUGAUCUUUGGGGCCGGGAUUGACUCCACGUGUCUGUUCUGGAGCACGUUCUGUGGCGAGCAAGGAGCCUGUGCACUGUAUGACAACGUGGUCUACAGAUACCUGUAUGUCAGCAUUGCUAUUGCCCUCAAGUCCUUUGCAUUCAUCCUGUACACAACCACCUGGCAGUGCUUGAGGAAAAACUAUAAAAGAUACAUCAAGAACCACGAAGGUGGUCUCAGCACUAGUGAGUUUUUUGCCUCUACUCUCACCCUAGACAAUCUGGGGCGGGACUCGGUGCCCCAAAAUCAACCACAUAGGACAAAAUUUAUCUAUAACCUUGAAGAUCAUGAGUGGUGUGAAAAUAUGGAGUCUGUUUUAUAGUGACUGUGGAGGGGUGAACUAUAUUAAUAAUACAAGGGUCCUUUUUAAUAAAAACAAGGAGAGAGCACGAAUGAAAGAAGAAACGACUGCAAAACAGCAACGGCAACACAGGAAACUUUUUGUCUUUUUCUCAAAGUCAGACCCAGCCAGGAUUCUUGAGAACAGCAUCUUUCAAUGGGAUCACUUGUGACAUCCUGCAGGGUGAUGGAGAAAGGGGGGAGCCCUUGUGGCUGGGUACCAGCCCCUUUGGUGACAGUACGAGCUUCCAAGGAGGGCGUCUGCAGAGGAUCACCGGAGAGCUCGGCACAGGCUUGGGCACAGGCGUAGAGAAAGCAAGGUGAUAACAGCAAGCUGAUAACAGCCAGGUGAUAACAGCAAUAGGUUUUGUCCCAGUUGGGAUAGGGCGUGUGGAGCCCUGCAGGGUUGGCCAGGCUGGGUGCUGCUCCAACCUGCUGCCAUGGCAAAGAGGGAGCGGUGCUGGAGUCCCUCCACCAGUCACACUCUGUCACCAGCCACGAGUCCACAAUAAAUACCUUGAAAGCUGCUGGAAACCUUCCCGGUGGCGAGCAAUGCUGUCAGGGGUAUCCAAGUCCUUCCAGCCCAGGCUUAUUCACAGAUUGCAGCUUCGUGGCUGUCUGUGAAUAACUGCUCUCAGAUCUCAAACCCACUAGAGUUCAAGACAUGUGCUCACACUUGCCAAACGUGCUGUCAUUUUUAAAGGGGGAUGAGUUCCAAAUGCUUAUCUGUGUAGUCCUCUAAUAAGAUGUUUUUUUUGAAAUUAUUUUCAAAUCUAUGUUAACCCUUAAAUCGCUGACACUUUUCCAUGAGGAGGAUUUAUUUAUGCUAGUUUGGGUAAAGGAUCCUGUUUAAUUCACCCAAACGUAAUGUGACUCAAGGGGUUUGUUUAAUCCUCUGCAUUUUUUAUCCAUACGCCUUCAUUCUAAUAUGCUACCAAGCCAAUGAAGACACAUAAUAUGUUUUUAAAAAAAGAGAAUGAAUGCACUGUGUCUCUAUAAAAACAAUUGUCUGUUGGAGAAUUAUAGAUAAUAUGAUGAUUUACAUAAUAUAGUUUUUUCAUAUUCUAUGUGACUCAGUGAAUACAUAUAUAUGUGGAGAGGCUGUUUAUGUUCUCUCCAGUUUUUAAAGAUAUAUAUAUAAUUUGCAAUCUAGAAA